GAUUACUUGUCGUGCUUUAAGAAGGGCUCUAAAGUGGGAAUGUCUGAAAUGGGAAGCUUUAUGUAUAAAUUAACUCUUGUAGACGUCGAGGGACUUAAUUGGGCCGAUAAGAAGAGGGAUGGGGUUAUUGCUAUUCGGGUGGGAACUGGAGGACAGUUACUCUUGUGGUCCAACACUGGUUUAGAUGAAUGGAUGUUCGCUCUGAGAGAAGCCGUUAAUCGGAGUAAAGGCAGAAGAGAGGCAUUACGUAAAUCUCAGACUUUAUUGCCUUCAAUGACCGGCGGAGGCAUUUGGAACCGGCAAAAGAUAUCUUCAUUGCACUAUACAUUGGGUGACAGUCCCGUCGGUGUCAGUAAUACGACAUCACGACUACAUAGGGCUACC